GCCGCACUCAGAAACUAUGAGCCUCGCAGCACACUGUCAAAAGCAAUUUGCCAACAAGCAUGCGACCCCUUAGCCCUACCACCUAAUGCCUUCUUUGGUGGAUACUGUUGUUUAGAUAGAAUCAAACUAAGCAGUAUAAUUUAUUAAGAAAUAUUAUAGCAACAGUAGAUGUCCAAGUACAGCAUUAUCUUGAGGUAGUUCUUACACAACAGAAAAUACAGUCAUUGCACAUCUGUAGGUGUUAAACUUAUGUGACCAAGCUAAAAAACUAAUUCAGUGAAAAAGUGAGCAGAAAAAGAUGUCUGAAUAGUCUGAAUAGCUCUGAGAGGCAUUUGGAGGCAAGUCAUCAUGAGCUGGAUUUGCAGGCAUCCCCGCGGGCUUUAUGGGGAGGGGAUUAUGUAAUGUUUAGGCAGCCCAGAUGUGAAUCAGUCCUCAUGCAUUACUCUCCUCUCAGAGAGGAUAAACUCGCCUUUAAGACAUGGGAGGAAAGCCGGGCCUCUCUGUAUCAGCAGUGGGGAAAACUCCUCUGGAUAGCAUUGUGCCACAGCAAACUUGUUCAAGGUGAAGCACUACAGAUAUCCAUGACCUUGGAUUUCCAGCACUACAGUUUCAGAAUGCCGAAUAUAGGGUUUCAGAACCUCCCCCUCAAUAUCUACAUUGUUGUCUUUGGGACUGCCAUCUUUGUGUUCAUCCUCAGCCUUCUCUUCUGCUGCUAUCUGAUUCGGUUGCGACAUCAGGCACACAAGGAGCUCUAUGCAUACAAACAGGUUAUUCAGAAGGAAAAGGUCAAAGAACUAAAUUUACAUGAGAUCUGUGCGGUGUGCUUGGAGGAGUUCAAACAGAAGGAUGAGCUGGGGAUUUGCCCGUGCAAACAUGCCUUUCACAGGAAGUGCCUCAUUAAGUGGCUUGAGGUGAGGAAGGUGUGUCCGCUCUGUAAUAUGCCCGUUUUGCAGCUGGCACAGCAGCAGGGGACGUCUGAGACAGUGGCAGCGGUGGCCUCCACGCAGCAGCACCUGCCUGGAGUGGAGAACCUGGUGUAGCCCCGACCCCCCCAUCCUUCAUCCUGCACCCUCACUCCCUCACUUGCUCUACUGUACAGGUACUCACAUCCAUGCCAAGGGCAGGCUGGAGAACACACACAUGUGCCGGACUGCGUUCUGCUCUGUUUCUGCCUCUGUGGAUUCGCAACCGAUUCUCACCAUACUACGAUGACUGCCGAGUCCCAAGAACCUUUUUUGUUUAUUUGGAUUUUUUUCAUAUAUAUUUUUUUUUAUUGGGAGGACAACGAAGAACUUUUUCCACGGCACUGUGCCGCGGAUGUCCGGACUGUUCCACACCAAAGCACUUUUUUUCUGGGGACACCAGCACAAGAGGCGACAGAAACAACACAAACUAUACAAACAGCAAGAAAAGAAGAAAAAAAAAACACGUCAGAAACGGCUGCGUUUUUGUUAACAAGAGUUUCUUUUGUUUUUUUUUAACAAGCACUUUACAUGGACUCGAAAUUAAUUGCUUGUGAAAGACAGUAGCAAGGUCAUAUUUUAUAUUCUUUCAAUUAACUGUAUUAUUUCUAUAUAUUUCCCCUUUUUUAGUAAGUACAGAACCACAUAAUUUUGAUUGGUCUUAGAGAGGACUUUCCUUAAGUUUAUACUGUAUAUUAAAGAAGGGAUGACAAGCUUUCCACAGUAUGUACGUGAGGGGAAGAAGUGGGAGGUUGAGUCCUCUUCCAAAAAUUAGGAGUCAGGUGGCUCACUAUUGAAUAUGUAGUGCACUAGGUAGGGUGCUUAGGCACCAAUAUAGUGCACUAUGUAGGUAAUAUGGAGCCAACUUGGUUUCAGCAGCUGUCACGUCAUGAAGUAGUGUUGGUAUUGAUGGAAAUAGCCCUUAUAUGCUGAUCUGAGACCAGUUUUUCGAUUGUCUUAGAAUGAUUAAAAUAAGCGUGCGAGUGGGGCAGCUGGUCUUCAUCAGUGCAAAACGGUGUCUCUUUGACUGGACUUGUGGACAGGCACUGGAAUGACCUCAGGGUGUCGGCCAAACUAAUGUGAAUAAGAGUUUGAUGGAGGUCACUUUAGCCCAGUGGAGGUUGAUUCCAUAAGUUCUGGUAGGUGUUUAUGUUUAAACUGCUGCCACGCACACAUACUAUACACAUAUUCACACAGCUGGCAUACUCUAGCAGCAUACUUUAAGCUGUGUCGUGCGAAGUCUGUGCAAAGUUAUCUGGAAAGGCCUAAUCGUUCUAAAAGAAAAAGGCUAAAAUCAGCAUUGUUUUCACGCCUGUUUAAGUACAGUAUUUAUUACACUAGAGUCCACUAGAAUCUGAAUGUUAGGCACCCAUUGUGUAACACAAGGCAAUGUGAAUCACACUGUCAGUCCAAUGUGAGAUCGUUUCCUGGAACAGGGAGUCCAAAGUGAUCAUCAUUCUUCCUCUCACUUAUAUAACGGAUCCCACCCCAUACUGCCUCCAUGUCCAAAAACAGAUCAACUCAAAGCAUUACUCACUCUUUGGCGCUGACUGUCUAAGUUUGCAGAAUACUGAAGUUACUGUUGAGCUGUGUUUGAGUAUACUGGAGUAAUGGAGAAACCUUGAGAGCUAGAUGUAUGUAUGAGUGAAGUCACAGGGCAAAAUGUGCCUUGAUGCGAUCGUAAUAUGUGCCCAUGAUGCGACUGCAGUUUAUCCUGCAAGCUGUGCAUAGCCCCUGUCACUAACAGCUUGCUCAAGAUGUACAGAAAGCGAAUGUUGGCUGUGUGCACAUAUCCGGUCGCAUCGCAGCAUAUUGUAUCUUCUCACAGACAUGCAUCUGAUCCUGAGAGUUUAAAGUCUUAUUCAGAUGGUAAAUAUUGUUUCAGCACAUCUUUGAGGCUUGCGCUGUAUCUGCCAUCGUUAAAGGAAGAACAUGUCUUUAUAAACCCUAUUGCUCACGGUUUUAUAAGGUGGAGGGAAAUGAUGUGACUGGCUGCUGUGAGUCGCUCAAAGUUUAGUAAAUCAAGCGGACUAUGUAAUCAGCUACACGUAUAAUAUCUCCGCCCACUUUUUGUGUGAUCCUUCCAUGUUUUGCACGGCCCUCCCUUAAAUGCAUGAGGAAAAUAAUUGCGUUUUUGUUUCACAAUACACAUAAACUGCGCAUUGGGCUUGCAUGUCAGUUUCAUAUAUAACAUGCAGAAAGAACGUGUCUCAUUUGUGCCUGGAACUGGAGCGAAAGGCUUAGUACAUUGGGCCCUUAGUGUUGUAUUCAGUAUAUAUCUGUAAAUCACAAGUUGGUUAGGCUAGAUACUGUUUUUUAUCAGAAAAACAAAUCAGUAAACUGGCGCAGACUGACGAAGGGAUUAGACUGUGGUUCAUUUUCAUGGAAUUGUGACGUUAUGCACUACAGUGUCUUGAGCCUGUGUUUGUUUGUCUUGGCGUGUAGUAAGGCACAGCUUUCCAGGGAAGAGAGGAAGAUGACUUAAAAUUCCAAAACCCUGAGCUAACCUUCCCCCCUUUCUUUUCCCGUUCACAAACACAACAGAAUGGUUCUCUUUAAGUCAGGCACAUCCAGUCACACCCCUCACGUACAACACACUGCAUGAGGAUAACUGAAACCUUAGGUAGGUUAGCAGCUUAGAAAAGAAAGGAUCCAUUGCUGCAGGCCUGACUGUCGUUUGUAUGUUCCAGCAUUGCUCAGCAUAUCCGCUGUGGGGUCCAGCACUUUGUGCCAAACUCACAAAAAGGCUAUGAAUGUGUGUAGCUCAUUUCCCAUACUGCAUUGCUCCACGCUGGCCCCUUUUCUACACUGAGCCAGGUGUAGCGCCUCUGUCAGCAGGUUGGCCAUUGUACCUAGCGGAAUAAAGCCAGCUCUUUCUGAAGCUAUAUUCUGGCCAUUUCCAUCUGACUGGUGUGAACCCCCUGUGCAUUGUUCAGGGUGACCCCCGGAUGGCUUUUGUGUUACCCCUGAUUGCAGUGGCUAAGAGGGGAAAAUGCUGCAUAGGGCAUUUCCGAUAGUGUGCAGAGGUUUCAAACAGGUUUCAAUUCUAUAAAAAAGUAAGGCAAUUGGCCUUAGUUAUAAAUAAUAACGAUUCUCUGGCACAAGCCACCAUUGUUGGGAUGUCCAACAACGAUAUAUGACAAUUCCCUUAUCUUUAGGGAACAAAUUCUCAUAUAGUGUACACCUUUACCUACUACCAUUGCAGUCAAGUUCAGUUUAAAUGUAUACAAGUGUCACUGAUGAUGAAUGUAUGGCAAUAGAGUGCUGUGAAAAUGUGAAUCCUAAUGUGAACAUAGUUGCUUGUGUCCAAGUCUGCCAUGUAUGUCAUAUUUAUACACACCAGUCUUGAUAUUAGUGCACCAAUCUAUUGAGGCAGAACAUCUUCCUAAAAUUCUAUAGCAUUCUGAUGAUUUUCAAACAACCCUUAAAACAUUACCACUAACAGACAGGCUAUGUAACACCUAGUUACAGAAAGGUAAUUAAAAAAGUAAACAACAACAAAAAAUCAAAACCCAAGUCAGUCUUAAGUGUGUUUGUGUAAAAGGCACAAGAAUGAAGGAUGAAGUUCUUCCAGGUGCCAAGAGAUCUGCACAGUUUACAUAGAAACACAUAGCAGGGCUUCAUAUAAUAUAAAAAAAUAAUGUAUAUCUACACAUAUUAGUCACUUUCAAUGUGAUAACAGUCAUUACUGGGACAGGUACCAAAACUUGGGAGGCCUAAAUUGGACCUUUUUUUAACCAGGUUGACUAGGGAUGCACCAGUAUGGGAACUGUGGGCUGAUGCUGAUACCUGAUAUUUUUCAUGUACAUAUCUGCCGACGCUGACGAACACAGAAAUGUAACAUUUAUUUGUAUGGGGCUACAAAUGCAGUAAAAUGAAGUAAAAUGUAGAUACUGUAUCCAAGCUUGGCCUAAACUUUCUGGUCUUCUGAAACACAAUAAAUAAAUCAUCAAGUAUCAGUUUGAAGCAUCAGUCAAAUCUGCUGUUUUUUUUGUUUUUUUUUUAAGCAAUUAUCUACCAAUACCAAAUGGUUCCAGUAUCAUCGUGCAUCCCUAAAGUUGGCCCAGAAUGAACUUCUGUCUGUUCUGUAUUAGGAGGCAGUAAACUCACUGGUUAUGUCUGAGAGAAUGAGCUUUAGUAAUGUAUAUGAAUGGCUGAAGUGGCAUUCUUGUGGGCCACUGAGACCCAGUCCUGGCUCUUAAGGCGCAUCAGUCUGAGUUAGGGCUGCACGAUAUGGACAAAGUACCAUAUUGUGAGUGCACUGCUACAUAUUGCGAUUGUGAUAUGCCUGGCAAUAUAUGAAAAACAUGUUAAUGAAUCCUUAUUUUUGACCAAAAUCAUUUACGUUUGUUGGAUCAUGUAAAUGCCUUGAUUAGUCCAAACACCCACAGAAACUGAUCUAGAUCAUCUGUGAUUGGUCAGAUUGCUCAUGGCAGACAGUUUAAAAGACUGUGAUUGGUUAGAGUCUCAUUUGCAUAUUGCAGCCUUCUGCGAUAUCAGUAUUGCAAAGGCUAAUAUCAUGAUACUGACUACCUUAUGAAAUAUUCUGCAGCCCAAGUCCAUGAAAGUAGGCCUGAUUUGUAGCUGAGUCACGACAGCACGCUCAUUCAUUUUGUUCAGAUUAUCUAACACAUGGAUCCUCAUUCAUAAUUAACUGCCAAUAUUCAGAUUGUAGGCUUUGAGCCUUGAUAUUGUAUAGACUCCCACCUCCGCUCCUUUCUUAUUCCUCUGCACCCCCCCGUCCCUCUGUGGUUCGUGGUGUACAGUGAGUGUAUUUUUCCAGUGUCAAACUGAGCUCUGUUAUGUGCUACCUCCCAUGCCCCCCCCACUAGGGCUUCCUAUAGUGUGCCCCCAUACAAUCAUUAACCCUUGCACUCACAGCCACCUGUGUCUACGUAGCAUAGCCCUUAAACACACCCCUCCCACUUCCCCCUCACUCCCCCCACUCUCCCUUGUGUUUAACACUGAUAAUGUUUGUGAAGCUCACAAACAUGUUUGUAAAACUAAAAAUUCUGCAGCAGAAUAUUUUUGGAGACAUUUGCUGUACAGUAUUUGUAAGCUCUAUUUUUGUAUAUUUAAUUGACAUUUUGGAGAAAAUAAAAAAAGAAAACAAA